AUGACCUUGUCAAUCAACAGCUCUUCAAACCAGGUGACUGAGUUUCUGAUGAUCUGCUUCCCAGGGAUGCAGGACACACAGCAUUGGCUGUCAAUACCACUAAGCCCCCUGCUAGUGCUGGCCCUGGGGGCCAAUGUGGUGCUAUUGUUGGCCAUCCAGAGAGAGGCUUCUCUGCAUGAGCCCAUGUAUUACCUGUUGGCCAUCCUCUCGCUCUUGGAUGUCAUCCUCUGCCUAACUGUCAUCCCUAAGGUCCUGCUCAUCUUCUGGUUCAACAUGAAGCCCAUUAGCUUCACAGGCUGCUUCCUACAGAUGUUUGUCAUGAAUACCUUCCUGCCCAUGGAAUCAUCCACCUUUCUGAUUAUGGCUUAUGACCGCUACAUUGCUAUCUGUCAUCCCCUGCACUACCCAUCCAUCAUUACUGAGCAGUUUGUAGUCAAGGCCUCCAUAUUCAUUAUCUUCCGCAACCUACUGGCCACAUUACCCACCCCAAUCUUGGCUGCCCGACUGGACUAUUGUGCAGGAAAUGUAAUAGAAAACUGCAUUUGUGCCAACAUCUCUGUGGCUCGACUCUCCUGCGGGGAUAUCCGUCUUAACAAACUCUACCAGUUUGUGAGUGUCUGGUGCCUGCUGGGCUCUGACUUGGUGCUCAUUUUGGUUUCUUACUGCUUUAUCUUGAGGGCUGUGUUGAGGCUACAAUCUGGAGGAGCUGCCACAAAGGCUCUGAGUACCUGUGGUUCCCACCUGAUCCUCAUCUUCUUCUUCUACACACUUUUACUGGUUUUCAUCUUUACCAAUAAAGCUGGCAAGAAGGUGCCUGCUGAAGUGCCCAUCCUUCUCAAUGUUCUGCACCACCUCAUCCCACCGGCCCUCAAUCCCAUUGUCUAUGGAGUUCGCACUCAGGAGAUCAAGCAUGGCAUCUUGAAAUUGCUGAAGCACCGAAAGUGA